AUGGACCGAAACUCCGUCACUGAUAUCAAAUCCGAUGUCCACUCACUUCUUCGAUGGAUUUCCGACGCUUCUUUGAUCCGGAUCUCGCAAAGUCAGCCGAGAAGUUAUGGUAAGACAUUUAUUUUAUUUAUUUUUGAUUGGUUUUUAGGUGAGAGGGCCAAAUGCGAUCGUAUUUUACAAGUUGGAGCUCGAAUUUUUUGGAAAUUUGAAUUUUUUUAUGGAAAUUUGCGGAAAAUUACCUUAUUUUAGGUAAAAAAUGGUGUUUUUUGUUAAAAAGAAGCGUUUUGGGCCGUAUUUUAGAAUGCAAACUUUUUUUAUGGACUCUAAAAUAUUGUAUUUCAGCCAAGAAACCGACCAACUCGUGGGCGAAACAGAGCAAACUCGACGAAAUUUCCUCGGAUCAGGUCUACAUUAACAACUUUGGAAGCAUAAACCUCCCGUAA